AAAAGAUGAUGUCCCUAGUGGCUGACUACAGCUCUGAUAGCGAAGAUAGUAGCCAAGAAGAAAUCUCACCUCGAGGACCGGAACCCGCUGAAAAACCAAAACUUCCAAGUGCCAAUCUUUUAUUUGAGAACUCAGCUGGUGGAAAACCUGGAGAGGUCUUUAGCAAUCCCUAUAAACAAGCUGAACAAGCUAAAAUUGCGUUGCUAGAGCGUCAUGUGAAGAUGGUCAAUUCGGAUGAACAUUUAAAGAUGAAAAACGGGAAGAAGAUCUGCUGGAAUUAUCGCAAAGGUCGCUGCAGGUUUGGCAGCAAUUGUUCAUUUGCCCAUGACUCCGAUUUGAAUGAAAUUCCAACUUUGGCUGAAAAUAAUGCAGAUGCAUUGAAGAAUCCAGGGAAACAGGACAACAAAAUUCCUGCAGCCACAAAAAUACAACAACGCCUCUAUGGAGGCACUCAAACCCCAAACGACAGCUUUAACUCUCCCGAAGAGUCACCAACAACAAUCAACGCGAAAAAACGCAAUCGUCCUGGUCUCUCCGAGACCAUUGUGCCAAGUAAAAGAGUUCUAAAAUCAUAUUCUCAUCAAAAACAGAAUUCUUCGAAUAAUUAUAGCCAAAGAAAACUCACCUAGUGCAUCCCAGUGUCGGCCACCGUGAUUGUGCACUCGGAUCCAGUUGAACUAAAACAACUCUUCGCCACUCGCACGAUGCGUUGAUUCUUGUCCAUGGUUUCAGCUGAAUUCCGAGCUUCGCCAGUUCGAUUUUGAGUGGUAGACACUUCAUUUAGCAUAGCUUCGUAGAAUGGAUCUUCAAUUGUAAGGCGUAUUGUAGGCACAGCAUCCCAACACUUGCCCAGCGAUGGCUUCGAGUUUGAUUUUGAAACAAUUGCCGGUUCAAGUUGUUGUUGGGAAUGUUGAUGCUGCUGAUUAUUUCCGGCCAACUCGAGUCUAUCUUCUAUGUCCACUAGUAGCCAUUGUCAUAUUAUUAUUUUUAUACAGAUUGAAGAGGAUUUGCAAUAAAUAAUUAAAAAAAAAAGGGAAUUUAGAAUUAGAAAAAUACAUAGUAAAAUAAAUAGAUUUUUGAAUGAA